AUGUCUUCAACUACAACUCGAGGAUGGCGCUUUUAUGGCGCUUUUGGCACGUUGUGUCUGGUCACAUUCAUCAUUGCUCUUGACUCUACCAUCAUCUGCGUUGCGUUGCCAACCAUAGCAGAAGACAUCGGGGUUUCAGCAAUUGGGGCCUUCUGGUGCGGUACCAGUUUCCUCCUCGCCUCGACCGCCGUCCAACCCCCUAUUGCAUCUCUAUCCCAUAUCUUUGGUCGAAGACCCGCUCUCCUCGCCUCGGUGACCAUCUUCGCGGGUGGCAGCAUAAUGGCCGCUCUUGCAAAGAACAUCUCUGUGUUGCUCGGAGGUCGAACACUUCAAGGCCUAGGCUCUGGUGGCAUUCUCGCCCUGACAUAUGUCAUCGCCACGGAUCUGGUGAGUCUUAGAGAGUGA